CGGAGAACGGGCAGGAUGCAAAUCGGGCUCCGCCCAGUAUGCGUGGGGGUCUUCAGAGCUCUCGUCCCUCUGAUCUACAGCGGCUCCCGCGGCGUCCGUCUGGUCCCCGGACCGUCCAUCCGGCGGCUCGGCUACGGGCAGGCACCCGCGGUUUGCUCCGCUGCAAAAGCCCUGCCCUCUGCGGGUAACCUGCCGCGCGCCUCCCUGGUGAACAGGCUAACACCCUUGCUCCCAAGUCUCCUUCAGCAGCCAGUGAGGACUCUGACAUAUUAUAGCCUGCGGAAAGGAAAGAGAAAAUCCGUCAAGGCUGUUGUCGCGAGGUUUCUCCGACUGCACUCUGGCCUUUGGUUAAGGAGAAGGGCUGGCUAUAAGAAGAAAUUAUGGAAAAAGUCAGCUGCCAGGAAAAAGCGACUGAGGGAACAGGUGUUCUGUAAUAGAACCCAAAGCAAACUCCUCGAUAAAAUGGUUACUUCUUUCUGGAAGAGAAGAAAUUGGUAUGUCAACGAUCCCUACCAGAAGUACCACGAUCGUACAAACCUUGAAGUAUAGAAGGCCUCUCUCUUGUUUUUUGCUUCUGUCGAUUAAUACAGAGAGGGGUUCUGAAAGACAUGCAGCACUUAGUGAAUACAACUAUAUACAGUGAGCCAGAAUGAGGACAACAAUACAGUAAUCAAGGUAACAAAAGGUAUUCUGGCCUGCCAGAUACAUUGAACAGACUGAAGAUGCUUUCUUCCUUUAAUUUUUUUGUAAAGAAAAAAUUAAGACUUUAUUCAAGAUGUAUAUCAAGCAAUAUAAUAAAACCAGCAAAAACGUCAACUUUGGAAUACUGUGGUAACAUCCAUCCUUGUGAAGCAUUGUGAAAUGAACUAUCCUAUCACAGAUCAUUUUUUAUUGAUCACAAAAAGAAACAACAUGAAGUGCAUACUUAUGAUCCUUAAGUAGUAGCCAUUUGUUUAAAUGCAAACCUCAAGAGUACGCAUAGUGUUCUUUACAAUCUCAAAUACUGUGCUAGGUGCCAGACAGGUACCUGAAAUGAAUAAACAGCAGAAGGAGACUGAUUAACAAACAUUUCUGCACAGAUAAAGGGUUUGUUACUGCAUGAGAACACGCUUAUUCCACGGGGCAUAGUCAGAGACAACAGGUUGUUUAUAAGACGCUAGGGGUAGUCACAUCUUGCUAUUUAGCUUUCUUCCCUUGUUUUUCAUCAGCAAGCUCAUUCCUUCCUGGUCAUUAGAAACAAAUGGCCUGAUUGAUUCUCUGCUCUGGUGUAUUAGACUUGCACUCAGGUUACUCUUGGCUUUGGUUACUCCCAGUUUAUAUUGGUAUAAAUGGGGUCUUGCCCAGAGGUGGGAAUAAUCCUGGCAACCAGCAGUCAUUAUAGCUGCAUCGGUGCUGACUCAUGAGUGGAGACCAAGGGGGUUGCUCUGAGCUGUGCUCAUAGUUACCCCAUUCCUAAGUGAGGUGUCCCUGGGUAAGCUGAUGGCUCAACUCACCCACCCAUGCAGUACAGAAAACUAGACAUGAGAUUUCAGUUCCUUUUGUCAGAGCUUCAGUCUCUUCAAAGCAGCCCAAGCUCCAGCUAGCAAUCACAUCCUUCCCCCCUGGCCCAGGGGUUUGUUUUCAGGGGCCUAGCUAUUCCUUCCAGGAGGGUCACAUUCCCUAGGCCACCUGCGUAGGAUUUUAAGGGCACCUCUCUGUUUCUUGCAUGAUUAGACUGCACAUCUGCUUGAGACCCCUUAUACACUGGAUUCUUUCCCCUGGGCCCUAGGAUGCCUUUUGGAGUAGCCAGUGAUCCACUGAGUGUGGUCAUGCUGACUUGUAUAGGAACCAAAGGGAGCUACAAGCUGUUACUUAAACCCACUAUCCCACAGUCUGAGCUAAUUAAGAAUCACACUUUCUCCUUAACUUUUGUCUGAGCACCCUGAUUAGCUCAGUGGCUGCAAAACCAUGAUUUGCCCUUAUCUACCAGUAGGGGGGAGCACUAGACCUCAUGUGGUUUCAGUUGCUGAUUCAGGGUUGUUCCUGAGGGGAGACAGCUUUAGAGAACAUUUUGGACCACAGAGUCGGUUUCUGGUAUUCCUCUCUCAUAAAUUAAAAUGACAAUUUUAGAGGUGUAGCUUGUAAACAACCUGUGUCGGUAACAUGAUCAACUCGAGGCAAAUGGUCUGUCUAUUCUGUGUACAGAACACUAUACCUCUAAGCAUACAUGUAUGGGCAUUCGCAUUCCCUGUCUAUACACAAAUAUACAGCUUGAUUUGAUAAAUUAACACAUUUUUGCCAGAGAUAUGAAAAGGUUUUUUUAUACAGUGAAUGUCUUCGAGAGAUAAGGCAACUCCCUUGUCAACAAUUUCACCUCAGCACUUAAGAGAAGAAAAUCUAAACAGUCAAGUUUACAGUAAAACAGCAGAUCAGACGCACAUGUAAUAAUCGGAGCAAGAAUGAGCAUGAAUACAGCCUAUCUGAGAGCAGAGUCUGUCCAGCAUCGUGUGGCUUGAUUCUUUUCUUUUUGGCAUAAUUGAGUGCAAACUUGUCCUUUUAUCUUAUGGCACCCUCUUGCAUAGUAGCAAAAAUGGAAGCUAGUUUGCAACAGGAACUCUUGUUUCUGCUAACAUUGCAGGCACUGUCUCUUAUUUUCUAAAUCUGGCCAAAAAAAAAUCUAAUUGCCCAUGAAAGCUGCUUAAAUUAAAUAUGCAAGCCAAGCUCCUCACAGCAUCUUGCCCAGCAGGUUCUCAUGACUGACUCCUUUCUCAAAUAUAUGUUUAAUGCCUUUUUUUGAGCACAAAUCCUUUACAGAGCAUGAACAACUCAGUGCAGGUAAGGAAAAUAUGUUUUUCAGGUAGCUGGUCUUAUGAUGACAGUCACAGAAAAUGCCCUUUUGUCCUUUCUACUUCCUGGCCAGUAUGAUGUACACAUUUGGGUGCAGGCAUUUUUAUUCUUUAUUUCCCAAAUAUUCAAGGAACCUCUUGCAUUACCCUAAGCUGAGUUAGAAGCCUAGAACAUGAAUGCAUGUCUGACAGAGAAUUUCAAAAGGCCACCUCAGAUAUACUUCUCUCUCUCUUCACACCAACCAGUUAUUGGCAUCCUGAACUAAUUCUGAACCUGAACUAGGGUCGAUGAUACUAGUCUUAACUGAGUUUGUUCACUGAUCAAUUAUCGAUGGUGAGUUCUACAUGAUACUAAAUGUUUUUCUAGUCUAGUCCAAGAGCAAACACAAAAGUCACAUAAUUGACUUAUUGGUGAAUUUCACAUGCUUUACACUCACAGGAGACACCCACUUUAAGCACAAAUACACAAAUCCUACAAUGUUUUCCCCUUCUUAUAUAUUUAUCAUUUAAAUGCGGAUACUACAGACUCUUGCACUUCAAACCAGAAUCCAUGCAAAAGGCAAAAUCUUCCCCAACUCACGCAGGGAAGCUCAGAUCCAAGGCUCUGCUCUGCCUAGGGAUGGAAACCCCCACAUUCAGGUUGGCAAAGCAGAACACCAGAACUGAGGUCAGGCAUGCUGGCGAGAGGGGUGAAUUUUGCCCCUAUGAAAAUCCAUCACUAAAGCAAUUCUGGUUUACACUGCAGCAGUUAUAACAAACACAGCUUGCAGGGAUCGUACAACUGCUAGCCAAAGAUUUGCCAAGAGCUCUACAACAGAAUUUUAGCCUCCUUCAGUUUCCACGCAAGAUAUCCCUUUCUUUUCUUCUGGCUCAGAUUUAUCACAAAGAAGACGCCUCUGUCUCUGGCUUGUGAAAUCAGUUCCAUUUGCUUGCAUGCAUCUCUUCAUCAUCUCUAAGUCCUUGUGUCUCUACGGCAUUAGCACAAUGACUUGACUGGAGCGCACGUAAUUUACUUGCUAGAAAAGAAAUGGAGUUGCAGCUCAGGCUUUGCUAAUGAGUCUCGGACAUUCUGUACAGUCAAAAGAAUUCAGCAUUUCUGACAUCGUUCGCAGUCUUGUGGAGGAAGGGAAGAAAGAAAACGCUGUGGCUCUUGCAAGUCCAACUCAUGAAUGGUAAAGCCAUAAAUAAAUACAUUAGCCAUAAUAGCAUCAAGUGCAAUUGAGUAUUUUUUUCCUUUGCAUUCCCAGAGCUAAAACUAUGCAAACACAACUCAGAAGGAUAAAUGUACGGCCUUACAGAGUUAGCUUAAGUAGUUUCAUGUUCUGCAAAUGAAACAGAGGGACCUACACAGUGGCUGCCUAAUUGUUCUAACCAUGAGGCAGGUAAAUGCAAGCAGCAUGUGACUUAAGGGAAAGAAAAGAGAAGGGAGAAAGGCCAUGUCUACAGCGCUGCACGGCAAAGCACACCCAUCUCGC